AUGUCCAAGUGUGCCCGAGACAUUGAGCUAGAUUGGCUGGUGCAUGACAAGCCGCUCGAUGGCAGGGAUGCCUCCCCUCCUGGUCAUGGCGUGCUAGAGCAGCUCCCCAAUGUCCCCAGCUACCAAGCCACCGCUGCCUCCCGCAUCCCCAUCCUUGUCGCCAGCAAGCCAAAGGCGGGACUUGUCAACCCUAAUUUUUGCAAUGAGGAGCAAUCCUGCCUAGGCAGUUACCCGACUGUGGACAUCAAGGAUGUGGACACCGGAGGCAAUGGUCUGGAGAACGAUGGUACCCACUUACUGGUGCCCGCUGCUGGUGCUCCCAACAUGCUGGCAGUGCCUGGCAUGGUGCCAGCAUCCCCCAGGAGGAAGCUGUUGGCCCCAGCAGAUGGUCUGGACAUGGGACCGGUGAGCCAGUCCCCCACCCGAGCGCUGCUGGGCUGGGACAAGGAGCAGAGGGAAAGCCUGUCCGAGCCCAUUGGUUCAGCCACGAGCCUGAGCAGCACCAUCAUCAACAACCGGCUCCAGGAGCUGGUGAAACUCUUCAAAGAGAGGACCGAAAAGGUGAAGGAGAAGCUAACCAACCCUGAAGUCACCUCGGAUGAUGAGAGCCCUGCAGCAUCACCUACCAAGCCAGCACCUGUGACAGCACUGGUGCCUCCCCCAGGAGGGGAGCUGGAGGGGAUCAAGCCGGCAGAUGAGCACUACUGUGAGAUGCUGUGCUGCACAUUCAAGUACCAGCCCUGGCUGGACCACCUGAAAAACUACCAGUUCCCCAGCAGCAUCGACCCGCUCACCAACCUGAUGUACGUGCUGUGGCUGUUCUUCGUUGUCAUGGCCUGGAACUGGAACUGCUGGUUGAUCCCUGUCCGCUGGGCUUUCCCCUACCAGACACCAGCAAACAUCCACUGCUGGCUGCUUGUGGACUACCUCUGUGACCUCGUCUAUCUGCUGGAUAUCCUCAUCUUUCAGACCCGGCUGCAGUUUAUCCAGGGGGGAGACAUAAUAACAGAUAAAAAGGCCAUGAAAGACAACUACCUGCGAUCACAACGCUUUAAGAUGGAUGUGGUGUGCCUCCUGCCCUUGGAUUUCUUCUAUUUCAAAGUCGGUGUCAACCCACUCCUGCGUUUUCCUCGCUGUCUGAAGUACAUGGCCUUCUUUGAGUUCAACAACCGCCUGGAAGCUAUCCUGAGCAAGGCGUACAUCUACAGAGUGAUCCGGACAACUGCCUAUUUACUGUACAGCUUGCAUGUGAACUCCUGCCUCUAUUACUGGGCAUCAGCCUACGAAGGACUGGGCUCUACCACCUGGGUCUACGAUGGGGAAGGAAACAGCUACAUCCGCUGCUACUACUGGGCAGUCAAAACCCUCAUCACCAUCGGGGGCCUGCCAGACCCCAAGACCCUGUUUGAGAUCGUCUUUCAGCUGCUGAACUACUUCAUGGGCGUCUUUGCUUUCUCUGUCAUGAUAGGGCAGAUGAGAGAUGUGGUCGGUGCUGCUACUGCAGGGCAAACUUACUAUCGGAGCUGCAUGGACAGUACCAUUAAAUACAUGAACUUCUACAAAAUCCCCAAAACUGUUCAGAACCGGGUGAAAACAUGGUAUGAGUACACGUGGCAUUCACAAGGCAUGCUAGAUGAGUCAGAGCUGCUGGUGCAGCUGCCAGACAAGAUGAGGCUGGAUAUCGCUAUCGAUGUGAACUACAACAUCGUGAGCAAAGUGGCCCUCUUCCAGGGCUGCGACAGGCAGAUGAUCUUCGAUAUGCUGAAACGGCUCAGAUCGGUGGUCUACUUGCCUAAUGACUACGUUUGUAAGAAGGGAGAAAUCGGCCGUGAGAUGUACAUUAUUCAGGCAGGACAAGUGCAGGUGCUGGGUGGACCUGAUGGCAAAACCGUGCUGGUGACUCUGAAAGCCGGAUCUGUGUUUGGAGAAAUAAGCUUGCUGGCGGCAGGAGGGGGAAAUCGCCGAACAGCAAAUGUCAUAGCUCAUGGCUUUGCUAACCUCUUCAUUUUGGAUAAGAAGGACUUGAACGAGAUUUUGGUUCAUUAUCCGGAGUCUCAGAAGCUGCUGCGUAAAAAGGCCAAAAAAAUGCUGAAAAACAACAAUAAACCCAAAGAUGAGAAGGGAGCACCUGGAGACCCACUGAUCAUCCCCCCGAAAGCUGACACCCCGAAGCUCUUCCAGGCUGCCCUGGCUGCCACAGGGAGGAUGGGGGGCAAAGGGCCACUGGCGCAGCUCCGGUGGAGGCUGAAGGAGCUGAAGGCGAUGCAGGCGAUGCAG